CUCCAUUUGAAUGGAUGAUCCUCACCACCAUCAUUGCAAACUGCAUUGUCCUUGCUCUGGAACAGCACCUUCCUGAUGGAGACAAGACACCUCUGUCUGAACGACUGGAAGAGACAGAGCCCUACUUCAUAGCCAUCUUCUGUUUUGAGUCCGGGAUAAAGAUCCUGGCUCUGGGAUUUGCGUUACAUAAGGGCUCCUAUCUGAGGAAUGGCUGGAACGUCAUGGACUUCGUGGUCGUGCUCACCGGGAUUUUAUCAUCUGUGGGGUCUCAGCUUGAUUUGAGGACACUUCGAGCUGUGAGGGUGUUGCGACCACUCAAACUGGUGUCUGGAAUCCCAAGCCUGCAGGUGGUGCUCAAGUCUAUUAUGAAGGCCAUGAUCCCCCUACUGCAGAUUGGCCUGCUGUUGUUUGUGGCUAUCCUCAUGUUCGCCAUCAUUGGCCUGGAGUUCUACAUGGGAAAGUUCCACACAGCCUGCUAUGAUGACGUAACAAGGGAGUUAAAGGAAGAAGUACCAUGUGGCAACAACACGCCUUCUCGCCUGUGUGCGGAUGGCUCAACGUGUCAUCCUGGCUGGAUCGGACCGAACUAUGGCAUCACCCAGUUUGAUAACAUCCUGUUUGCUGUUCUCACCGUCUUCCAGUGCAUCACAAUGGAAGGAUGGACAGAGAUGCUCUACUUUAGUAAUGAUGUGGAGGGCAGCACCUGGAACUGGAUGUAUUACAUCCCCCUCAUCAUCAUUGGCUCCUUCUUCAUGCUCAACCUG